GAUCAUAUAAUUCCAGAAAGAGAAGCAAAGUUUUGAGUUUCACCAACAUUACCUAGCUCCUAUCUCCAUCCAUCUUUCUACCAAGUAGCAAAUUUAACUUCACUUUUGGUACGUAAAGCAUGGGUGCUUCAGUCCCUGCAUCGCCUGAAAUUCUUCUGACAAUUCUACUCUUUGCUAUGAGCUGCCUCUGGGCCUUUCCUGAGGUCGCCGGUGCAAAGCAUGCAGGCAUUACGAGGCACUACAAGUUCAACAUAAAACUGACAAAUGUCACCCGGUUGUGCCACACUAAGAGCAUGGUGACUGUUAAUGGCAAGUUCCCGGGGCCUCGCGUAGUUGCCAGAGAAGGUGACCGUUUAGUGGUGAAGGUGGUCAAUCAUGUUCCAAAUAAUAUCAGCAUCCAUUGGCAUGGAAUUCGACAACUUCAAAGUGGAUGGGCAGAUGGACCAGCAUACAUCACGCAAUGCCCUAUUCAAACAAACCAGACCUAUGUUUACAACUUCACUAUUACAGGACAAAGAGGAACUCUCUUCUGGCAUGCUCACCUCUCAUGGCUUAGAGCUUCUGUCUAUGGACCCCUUAUCAUCUUACCUAAGCGCAACGUUUCUUACCCAUUUGCCAAACCUCACAAGGAAGUGACUAUCAUGUUAGGAGAGUGGUUCAAUGCUGAUACUGAGGCAGUGAUUAGCCAGGCUUUACAGACAGGAGGGGGGCCAAAUGUCUCUGAAGCCUACACCUUUAAUGGACUUCCAGGUCCAUUGUACAAUUGCUCGAAAAAUAAUACAUACAAGCUAAAGGUGAAGCCAGGAAAGACAUAUCUUCUCCGAUUGAUCAAUGCUGCACUCAAUGAUGACCUCUUUUUCAGCAUUGCGAACCACACCUUCACCGUUGUUGAAGUGGAUGCUACUUACGCGAAGCCUUUUGAGACCAACCUCUUGGUUAUCACAGCAGGACAGACCACAAAUGUUCUUCUGAAGACCAAACCCAUUGCCCCCAAUGCAUCAUUCUACAUGUUAGCAAGACCAUACUUCACUGGCCAAGGCACAUUUGACAACACAACUGUUGCAGGGAUACUUGAGUAUGAAACUUCUUCAAAUUCGACAGCUUUUAAACCAACCCUUCCUCCGAUUAAUGCUACAAAUGUCGUCGCAAAUUUCACAAGAAGGCUUCGCAGUCUGGCUAAUUCUCGAUUCCCGGUUAAUGUCCCUCAAACAGUAGACAAGAAAUUUUUCUUCACGGUUGGUCUGGGAAACAGCCCAUGCCCAAAAAACCAAACAUGUCAAGGGCCUAAUGGCACGAAAUUUGCAGCUUCUAUUAACAACAUAUCCAUGGCUCUCCCUUCAUCAGCACUUCUUCAAUCCUAUUUUUUCAAAAAAUCAAAUGGGGUUUACACCUCUGAUUUCCCAACCUUUCCACUCCAUCCAUUCAACUACACAGGGACCCCACCAAAUAAUACUCUUGUGGCCAAUGGUACCAAGCUUGUAUUGGUACCAUUUAACACAAGUGUGGAGGUAGUGAUGCAGGGUACUCGCAUUUUUGGUGCUGAGAGCCACCCUCUCCAUCUUCAUGGCUUCAAUUUCUAUGUAGUUGGAGAAGGGUUUGGAAAUUUUGAUCCAAAUAAUGACCCCAAGAACUUUAACCUUGUUGAUCCUGUUGAAAGGAACACUGUUGGUGUUCCUACUGCUGGUUGGGUGGCAAUUCGUUUUCAUGCAGACAAUCCAGGAGUAUGGUUUAUGCACUGCCACUUCGAUGUCCAUUUGAGCUGGGGGCUAAGGAUGGCAUGGAUUGUCUUGGAUGGAACACUUCCCAGUCAGAAGCUCCCUCCUCCACCAUCUGAUCUUCCCAAGUGUUGACCAAUGCUAGCUAUGAUCAUGAUUUUUUCUUUUGAGUUGCAAAUUCUAACUUAAAAUUUUGUGUUGCUGCUGCUUUCCUAAAGUUUUCGUUGAAAAAUUGUUAGUUGCCUACCAGCAUUCCUAUUGGACUUCUCUGUAUUUCUGGCUUGCCAUUCUCAAAAGCUGACUAUCGAGCUCACUGGAAAAGAAAACAUGGCGGAGGUUUUGUAAUAUAUUACAGAGUUCAUUGCGCUCUUCUUUGGAGCAUAAAUAAAAAUUGUUCAUUGAUGAAAUUACA